AUAUAGCUGUGUUAUGACUUCAAUUCCCAAAGCAUAGCCCUCACUACCUAUACUAUAUAACCUUACAACCCAACCGCCUGUCUUUUCUCAAUGACUCUUGUGCCCUUCCUUCACUCUCAUUCCCGAGAUUAUGUUGCAGCAACCGGGGGGGCCUUAUGGGAAACACAAAUAAUAAUUGAAAGAAGACGAAACCCUAUAAUACAAGCCAUGUUUUCAGAGAUGUUGUGCACCAAAAACAAUACGCAUGUUAAUCCUCUCUUUCAAAACUCUACUAGUAUAAAUUAAAAGACAACAUCCAUCACAUUCAGAUUAUAAUGGAGGACGGAGGGAGUUCAAGGUGGAACCCUACGAAGGAGCAGAUAAGCAUGUUGGAGAAUCUUUAUAAGCAGGGAAUAAGAACCCCAAGCGCUGAAGAGAUUCAGCAAAUAACAGCCAGGUUGAGAGCCUAUGGUCACAUCGAAGGCAAGAACGUCUUCUACUGGUUUCAGAAUCACAAAGCCAGACAGAGGCAGAAGCAGAAGCAACACACUCUUGCUUACUUCAAUCGCUCUUUUCUCCAUCAUCAUCAUCAUCAACCUGCAGUUAUGUGUGGUCCGUAUUGCAUGGUAGGUAUGAUGAGGAGAAUCCCCGAUAAUAAUCAUAGUGAAGAAGAAACAAUGUUUGAUUAUGAUGAUGAUGAUAAGCAACAAGAUAGAACGUUGGAUCUUUUCCCUCUUCACCCAACUGGCAUCUUGGAAGGGAAGAAGGAAACACAAGAUAACAACAACAACAACAACAUGAUGACCAUGAUGUGCUCUUUCAUGGCGCCUUCUUCUUCAUCAUCGUCAUCACUUUCCACUGAUGAUGGACAUGGCUAUAGGCACCAACAACAACAACAACUACCCUUCUUUGAUUUCUUCGUCACUUCUGGACAUGGACAAGGAUCCUAAUCUUAUUAGUCAAACAAACUAACAUGCAUGCAAUGUCGUGUAUAAUAAUUAAUGUAGUUUUUAAUUAUUAACACUUUUAUAUAUAUAUUUUAAGUUGGUCGGUGUUAUGCAUAUCGCAUCCAUUAUUCAUUGAAAACUGAUGAGAUUGAUCAUAACAUUUUGUGAGCUAGCUAUCACCUUAGCUUGUUGGAAAAGAAGGGCGAGGAAUUUUAGAUGAGGAAUUCCAUGACACCAUCUAUGUUCUUAUAUUACUACCUA